CAAGACAAGUCUUAUGUUAAUUAAUAAAAAAAAUAUGAAACUAUACAUCUCAAAGAUGAUCUCUUAUCUUGUAUGAAAAAGAUGAAAAUCAAGCCCCCCUUUAAAGAUGGCCUCUCAUCUUAUAUGAAAGUGAUGAAAGUCAAGAAUUCCAAAAAAGUUCUCUUUCAUAUAAGCCUUCAGAAGGCUCCCAAAAGCCAACCAUUUUUCUGCGCUUUCCUCUUCCAGCCAUCCCUUGCAUCUUUCUUUCUUCUUCCUCUAGUCAAGAUUGAGCUGCAAGGAGCACUCUCCACCUAGAAUUCUUUUCAAUUUCUACUGUCCUCUUUAAUAAGGCACUUGAUUUUCAAAUCAGUAGAUCAAGAUAACAGCCUCCCAGUUUGACAGCUUUUGGCAUGGGACUCAUAUGUUCAUUGUAUGUAUAAGAUCCGUAGAUUGGAGUAGCAACCACCAAUUGGGGAGUUUCGGUAGAGGUCCCGUAUACUCGUUGUAUGUAGAAGAUAAAACCUCGUGCUUUUAAUAUGGAGGCGGAGCAAUGUAUUACCAAAACAACAAUUUGGCUUCUGAUAUUUUGAAAAGCUUUUCAGAAGAAUUUACCUUCAUAUGAUUUUGUGUAAAUUAAUUUUAUGUAUAUAAUAUUUAAAUUAAUUAAAUGAGCUUAG